UCUUUGACGCUUCGGUUUCCCUCCAACUUGCACUAUAAAUAUGGGUUUACCCAGAACUCGAUUCUAUUUCUUAUAAAACCCAUCUCUGUAAUCUCUUCGAUGGCUUUUUGGGGAAUCGAAGUGAAACCUGGGAAGCCCUUCACUCAUGCACCUCUCAAUGCAAGGCUUCAUUUAUCCCAGGCGACAUUAGGAAUGGGUAACGGAGUGCAGAAAAGCAUAGUUCAAUGUAAUGUGGGAAAUAGUAGGCCGGUUUUUCUUUGUAGUUUGUUCCCUGAUUUGGCAGACUGUUGUCAACUCAAUUUGGAAUUUGAGGAAUCUGAUGAAGUCGUUUUCUCUGUUAUUGGCCCUCGAACUGUUCAUCUUACCGGUUACUAUCUGGGCCCUGCUUCCCUUGAUCAUCAUCGCAGUGAUGAAUCAGAACCCUAUGGAGAAGAUAUUGCAGAGACUAAACCCGAAAAGACCAAGAUUAGUGAAGAAAGUGAUCAUGGUGGUAGUUUUAUUGAUGAUGAUGAUGAUCCACAAGCCUUCUCAUCUGCUGAAGAAUUUCCUGCUGGGUUAGGAUCAAAUGAAGAACUGCAGGGCUUAAAGUUUAAGGGUCGAAGAGGAAAGCAUAGGAAACUUAGGAAGAAGUACCAGAAAAGUGAAUCUGAUAAUGGAAGUUCUCAGAAAAGGGAUUUCACCAAUGUUGUUGCUCCUAGGGAGCUAUUGAACAGUGAAGCUGAAGAUGCUUUACCUCUAUCCUCACUGUUUUCAGUAAAAUGCACAUCAAAGGGUGGAAAAGACGAUAUAGGGGGAGAAGCUAGGAAAGAAACUGGUAACUGUAACAACAAUGAGACUGAAGAUAAUGCUACCGUGUUAGAAGGAAUUAAUGGUGUUCAGCUUGAACGUGAAUCAGGGAUUAGGAAUGUAGAUAACCUCGAAGAGCUUGUAAAGGAAGAAAAAUUAUCGGAAGGUGAUCAUUGUGUGGUUGAAGAAGUGAUGAUGGAGCAAACUGACCAAGAUCAGAAACUGGCCAGUAAUGAGAAAUGUCAAUCUGAUAAUCUGUUAUUGACACCCAGUCAAGUGGGUACCGACGAUGGAGCUAAGCUAAAUUGCAAAAGAAGGAUACGCUUUGAAGACAAUGAUACCAAAACGGAUGAGGUCCUGGAAAAUGGUUCAAAUUUGAAUCCUGUUAUUGAGGAUGUACCUAUGGAGGAUAAGGAAACCCAAAAUAAAGUUAAUGAUGAUCAUUCUAAGAAGAGGAAAAAGAAGAGAAGGUGUAAGGAUGAGGGAGAAGAGGAUGCUACGAAGAUGGAACCACCUGUCUUAUCAUCCCCUACAAAGGAGCAAUCUGUUGUGGACUCGAAAGACAAGAAUACUAAUAACCAGGAAAUUCAGCUGUCGAAUGGAAUUAUCAUUGAAGAGAUGGAAAUGGGAAAACCAAAUGGGAAAAUAGUUUCUCUUGGUAAAAAGGUCCGUGUCCAUUACACCUUAAAGUUGAAGGACAGUGGGGAAGUAAUUGAUUCAAGUGCUGACAAAGGUCACUUAACGUUCCGACUAGCUGAGGGAAAAGUUCCAGAGCUAUGGAAGGUUGGCCUUGAUGGAAUGCGAGUCGGUGGCAAACGUAGACUCAAAGUUCCACCAUCAGUUAGCUUUACAAAGGAAGGAACAAGUGAGGAUAUUCCACCAAACUCGUGGCUGGUUUUUGAAGCUGAAUUGUUAAAAGUCAGGUAAUCAGUUGGCUUCAUACGCCAGUUUUGUUGAGUAAAUGACCUUUUGGAGAUACGUCUCGGAGUUUAACUUUUUGGUUUUGGGCUGGUUUUUGAAGAUGAAUGGUUAAAAGCCAGGAAUCUUCAUUUUGUCAUUGUCAUUGAACAUAGGAAUAUGAACAAGUUUGUUAAAGGUGCAUUUGGAUUUUGAACCCAUCAACUUUCAUGAGAGUAACGAACCCUUUUUUUAUCCACUAUUACUUUUGAUUCA